ACGUGGAAUUUGGGUUGACCGUUUUGACUUUUGUAAGAUUUUUUAUUUUGGAUUGAUUAUGUGUAAUUAAUAAAAUAAACUAAAUAAAUUUAACCUCGUUACGAGUGUAUAAAUGCUUCGUAUAUUAAAGUUUAGAGGAAUUCUCCCCGAUUACUGCAAUUUAUGCAGAAUUUCUAUUAAAAAAAUGUCCACCCAAGUAGACAGUGCAGUUCAUGAAAGUCAAGAAAUUAUCACUGAUAUUAAAAAGCGGGUUCAGGUGGACGAUAAUGAAGAAAAUUUGGCAAAAAAACCAAAAGUGGAAGGGGAAGCUAGAAUUAAAAAACGUAAUUUUGCAAUGAUGUUGGGGUAUCUUGGUAAAAAUUACUAUGGGAUGCAAAGAAAUCCCGGCAUGGACACUAUAGAAGAAAGUUUGAUCAAUGCUUUAUUAAAAGCAGAUCUUAUAAACUCAGAAGCUUUUGAUGUCAUUCAGACGAUACAGUUUCAAAGAGCAGCUCGAACUGAUAAAGGAGUUUCGGCAGCUAGACAAGUUGUCUCUCUCAAACUGCCCGAACACGCAAAUAAGGAAGAUAUUAAUAAGUUCUUACCAGAGGAUAUUAGAGUAUUUGGACUUAGAAGAGUAACGAAAGGCUUUAACAGCAAACAUCAGUGUGAUGCACGAACAUAUGCAUACACUCUCCCAACAUAUGCAUUUGUUGAAGAAAGCCCUGAAAUUUUAUCUACAGAUUUUAGCGAAGAAGAAGUAGAGGCGAGGAUAGAGAAAUUAUCGACGAUAAAUGGUAAACCAUUCAAUGAAUUUCGAAUACCAGCAGAAUCGAUUGAGCGACUGAAGUCAAUUCUGAAAUUAUUUGAGGGAACUCAUAAUUUUUACAACUUUACCUCCAAAGUAAAACCAUUAGAUCCACGUGCAAAAAGGUACAUUAUGAAGUUCGAGUGCUCUGAACCUUUCAUACACGAAGGUAUGGAAUUCAUCACAUUACACGUAAAAGGGCAGAGUUUUAUGCUGCAUCAAAUUCGAAAAAUGGUUGGCUUAGUCGUCGGAAUUGCGAGGAAAGUCGCCCCAGAAGAGGUCGUUGAUCUUGCAUUUACAGGAGACAAAUGCGAUAUUCCCAUUGUACCUGGCUUGGGACUCGUUUUAAAUAUAGUUCAUUACGACUACUACAACAACAAAUUCGGAAAGGACGGAAUUCAUGAAAAACUAGAUUGGGUCGAGUGCGAUAAAGAAGUUCAAGAGUUUCAUCAAGGAUAUAUUCAAAAAUAUAUUACGCAAACAGAGAUCAAAGAAAAAUCAUUUUUAAAUUGGCUGGGGAGUUUACCUUUUCACACGUUUUCACAGCGUGAAAACCAUAGAAAUAGAACAAAUAAUGACAAUAGUGAAUCUGUUGUAGAAUAAGAAACUGAUUGUAUGACAAAUGCAAAUAUAUUAUUUGCACUAUAUUCCAAAUUU